GCCCUGUCUUCCGGGGCCCCACAAGUGCGCUGGGUGUCCCCGAGCGGAGGCCCGCCCGUGACCAUAGCGCUAGGCGGGGUCUCCCACCCGCCAGAGACGCAAGGACUCCUGCGAAGAGCUCGGGCACCGGGCGGCCAUCACAUACACCAGACGAAUCUGAGGUUUAGGCAGUCACUGCCCACUGUCCCCACAAGGGCAUCCCUUCUUUAAGCAUCACAAAUUGGGGGCACCCCAGCUAGAGGCCUUGGCCCCAGGCCGUUUUCCUUUCUCACCUGUCUCCUUAUUUCCGCACCUCCUUUGGGUCUUUUCCUGUGAUCAGCUUCUGCUUCCUGGAGCCCUGGCCCCCUGCCCGCCUCCUCACCUUCCUUAUGCUCUCCAAAAUUCUUCUGGUAGUGGGGCCCCGUGGGUUUCCCUUUAUUUUUCCAUUAUGUGGAUUUUUUGUUUGGAGCAUAGCCCGAACCCGCCAAGGCAGGGGUACUUUCUGUCUGCUCGUCAUCUUGUGCCUGGAGCAGUACCUGGCAUGCAGUAGGUGCUCAGUGAAUACUUGCCAGAUGCACCAGCAUGCCCGGGGGUGGGGGGGCCUGGAGCCGGUUGUCGGCUGCCACCAGCCUGUCCGGGCACGCUGCUGUGCCCGCCACUGUGGCAAGGCCUGUUCUCAUGGGGGCGCUGGUAACCUCAGCCCACGGCGCUUCCAGUUCAGGCUUCUUGCCUACCCAGCAGCUUCUAAUUCGGGUGCAUGCUUGGGAGACGCUCUCAGCUGUCAGCCCUGCCUCUGGGGGGCCGGCUCCCUGCUUCUCUCACACAGUCAUUAAAUGCAGCUGGAGGCAGGACCCCCUUCCCACCUCUGGGCUGGAGGUGCCACAGGUGGGACAGGCGACCACUGCAGUGCCUUGUGCUGUGGUCCUUUGAGGAGCAAUGACGGAGUAUAAGCUCGUGGUGGUGGGCGCCGGAGGCGUGGGGAAGAGCGCCCUGACCAUCCAGCUCAUCCAGAACCACUUUGUGGAUGAGUACGACCCCACCAUAGAGGACUCCUACCGGAAGCAAGUGGUCAUCGAUGGGGAGACUUGCCUGCUGGACAUCCUGGACACGGCGGGCCAGGAGGAGUACAGCGCCAUGCGGGACCAGUACAUGCGCACCGGGGAGGGCUUCCUUUGUGUGUUUGCCAUCAACAACGCCAAGUCCUUCGAGGACAUCCACCAGUACAGGGAGCAGAUCAAACGGGUGAAGGACUCGGACGACGUGCCCAUGGUGCUGGUGGGGAACAAGUGUGACCUGGCCGCGCGCACCGUGGAGUCUCGGCAGGCCCAGGACCUCGCCCGCAGCUACGGCAUCCCCUACAUCGAGACCUCGGCCAAGACGCGCCAGGGCGUGGAGGAUGCCUUCUACACGCUGGUGCGCGAGAUCCGGCAGCACAAGGCGCGCAAGCUGAGCCCGCCUGACGAGGGUGGCCCGGGCUGCCUGAGCUGCAGGUGCCUGCUCUCCUGACAGCGGCGUGGGUGUGGGGUGUGGAGGUGCCGGAUGAGACGCGGGCUAAGGAUGCAGGGAAGGAAGGAAGUGCCGCCAGAGCCUGGCCCGCCCAGGUCGGUGGACAGAGUGACCGCGGGCCUCCCGGGACGCUUUGCACAGACUGUCAUGAACUGACGCCGGCGGCCCCCAGUUGUCACUCUUCUCCAGCCCUGUCCUGGCCCACUGGCACAGGCUGAGUCGCAGUAAAUUAUUUCAUGUCUUGA